GAUGAGAACCGUGCCGUCAGAGAUUACCGGGAGACAGAGCGAGGAGGAUUCAGACUUAUAACUGAUACAUUUCGUCGCAAGUUCUUCAAAUAGCCUUUAAAGAAGAAGAUUUACAGAGAAGAGCAGCGUUAAUCCUUCAUUUUUUUUCGCUUGUGUUCGUAAAGAGUCUGGGAAUUUCCGAAGCCGGUGUGUAACGUGUCGCUGUAUCCUUGCUGAUAUUCCCCAAUCCUAAAGGAAUGCCAAGGGAACUAACCCAGAACAGGAUCCAAAAAAUCUGGAUUCCCUCUAAGGAUGACAAACCUUCAGUGCCCCGCACAUCACGUGGAGGCCCCCACCUGGCAAACCCCCCAACAGUGAUAGUGAUGGUAGGGCUUCCUGCUCGGGGCAAAACCUACAUAUCCAGGAAACUCACACGCUACCUCAACUGGAUCGGUAUCCCCACAAAAGUCUUUAACGUUGGCGAGUAUCGUCGAGAGGCCGUGAAACACUACAGCUCUUACGAUUUCUUCAAAUCGGACAAUGAGGAUGCUGUAAAAAUCCGACAGCAGUGUGCCUUAGCCGCUCUGAGAGAUGUCAAGAAUUACCUCACCGAAGAGAAGGGUCAAGUGGCUGUUUUUGAUGCUACAAACACAACCAGAGAGCGAAGAGAUAUGAUCCUGGAGUUUGGUGCAGAAAAUGGCUUCAAGAUUUUCUUCAUCGAGUCUGUGUGUGAUGACCCAAAUGUAAUCGCCUGUAAUAUCUUGGAAGUUAAGGUGUCAUGUCCUGACUAUCAAGAUUGCAACAAGACGGAUGCCAUGGAGGACUUCAAGAAAAGAAUUGAGUGUUACAGAAUGAACUAUCAGCCACUUGACCCUGACCAGUAUGACAAAAAUUUUUCCUUCAUCAAAGUGAUUGACGUGGGUCGUAGAUUCCUGGUGAACCGCAUUCAAGACCACAUCCAGAGUCGGAUCGUCUACUACCUGAUGAACAUCCAUGUGCAGCCGCGGUCUAUUUAUUUGUGUCGCCAUGGUGAGAGCCAACACAACCUCCAGGGCCGUCUGGGAGGAGACUCUGGACUCUCUACACGCGGACGAAAGUUCACAGAAGCUCUUGCUAAAUUUGUGGAGGAGCAGAAUUUGAAGGACUUGAAGGUUUGGACGAGCCAGAUGCGCCGUAGUAUCCAGACCGCCGAGGCCCUCAACGUGCCGUACGAACAGUGGAAAGCCCUGAAUGAGAUUGAUGCUGGUCUGUGUGAGGAGAUGACUUAUGAAGAAGUGAGGGAGAGGUUUCCAGAAGAGUUUGCUCUCAGAGAUCAAGAUAAAUACUACUACCGCUACCCCUCCGGAGAGUCAUAUCAGGAUUUGGUUCAGCGGGUGGAACCUGUGAUCAUGGAACUGGAACGACAGGAAAAUGUUCUUGUCAUUUGUCAUCAGGCUGUGAUGCGCUGCCUGUUAGCCUACUUCUUGGACAAAAGUGCAGAUGAAAUGCCGUACCUGAAGUGUCCACUCCACACAGUACUGAAGCUGACCCCAGUGGCUUAUGGGUGCAAAGUUGAAUCCAUCUCUCUGAAUGUGGAUGCAGUGAACACACACAGAGACAGACCAGAGGAGGUGAAGAGAGGCCCGAGCACUUUGAUCAGGAGAAACAGCGUGACCCCUCUCACCAGCCCUGAACCCAAUAAGAAGCCCCGCAUCGAGGGUCUGGAUGACCCGAUCCUCAGAGAGGUGACGCCCGCCCAACUGACCCUGUGUUCAGCGUCACACACCACUCUCGCUCUCUCCACACAGAACUGGCUAAGUGAAGCUUGUCUAACCUGAAGAAAUGCUCCAUAGAGUGCCACGAACCCCCACAGCUCUGCCUGUGAGAUUUUAAGGCUGGAUUGCUUUACUCAGCGCGGAAGAGUUUCCUGCCAAGCUGCUUCCUCUUUUCCUCCCAGAGAGGUGUGUGUGUCCAUCUUUCAGAAAAUGGACACUGAGUGCAACCUGGGCUUUUUCUACUUGUCCUUCAUGAAUUCGUAAUGAAUGCACGUAUGGUGUGGUUUGUCCUAGUAAGGAGUUGAGUGAUUUCUUUGUGUGUUUUUGCGUAUGAAGGGAAAUCCGAGCCCAGUGGCAGUGAUUUAAACAAUGUUGUCAACCACCCACACAUUUUUGGACACUAUUCCCUGUUUACGGAUAACAGGAUACCACUUGCAGAUUUUUUUAUUCUGGUCUCGGACCGUUUUUUUAACACUGACGGUAAGAAUAUGCCCUGAACUUUGAAGUACGAUGCUAAAACAGACCAAAGAUCACCCGCAGACGCGUACGGGCUGAUUCAUGGCUUUUCUGCACUCACUUUCAAACAUGCUGCAAAUAACUUGCACAUUAUAAUUGCACAUUUAGACAUUUUGCAUUUAUUUGUCUUAAGGGCAAUGAUAAAUCUUACCAUUUGUAAUGCUGCUCGCAGUUUUGAAAGUUGUUUAAAAGUUCUCAUGUUGUCCACUGAAGUUUCAGAUGAUUUGUGUUAUGGAUAUGGAUUGUGAGUGUGUGUUUUUGUGUGUUUUUAAGACCUGAUGACAAGGUCGAUGCGCAAGGUUGUAAUAACAGGGUGUUUUAUGUGUGUUUGGAUGGGACAAAGUGAAGCAGUGUUUGUAUUUGUUGUUUAUAUUUAAUGUAUUUUAUGGUGUGAUGGAUAUCAGCUACAUUUUUAUACUGUUCAUUUAUUAAUUCCCUAGAGUGCCUAGUGCUUGAGCUAUCAGGCCAGAGCUGCUUUUUUACAUUCUAAUAUGAGAAUUAUAUUGGGGAGAAAAAAAAACAACAUUUGGAAUUUAUUGUACUCUUAUCAUUUUAGUUUCAGCUUUGUCAAAGCCUGAUUAAGAGAUUAAAAUAGUGUUUGAUAUUGUAUGUACAGAUUUAACCAAAUGUUUACAAUUUGACUUUGUAAGAGAUUUUAUAGGAAUGGAGAAAAAUUUUAACACUUUUGAAUCGAAGUACCAGCUUUAAUUCUAAAUAUACAGUUCUGAGAAGACAUCUAGUUGCUUUGAACAGCCAUUUUUGGCUCCGUUUUUAGUGUAAAACAUUGUUUAUUACACGACUAGGUGCAAUGCUGUAUAUACUGGCUCUUAACGGUAAUUCAUCGGAUCGCUUAUAAUACUUGAACCUCAUUUUGUAAUAUCUUUUUUUGUAAAAAAUAAUAUUUAUUUAUUUGUACUAGGCAUUGUGUUUCGAGCACUUUGUUCAUUACUGAGAUCAAACAGCAUAUCAACAAGUCUAAUAAUUGUCUCUUUCUGAAGAAAGUGAAUCAUUUAUAUGCAUUUACUGAUACAAUAAACAGUCUAAAAGAGGA